AUACAGAAGUGAUAUAUAAAAACAGGAAUGGACAUGUUAUUAAACUGAAUGUAGAAACAAAUACAACUACAUUAUUGCUGGAAAAUGCAACUUUUGUAACUUUCAAAGCAUCCAGAUAUUCAGUAUCUCCAGAUUUAAGAUACGUUCUCCUUGCUUAUGACAUUAAACAGGUUUUUCAUUAUUCUUAUACAGCUUCAUAUGUGAUAUAUAACAUACAGACAAGGGAAGUUUGGGAGUUAAAUCCUCCAGAAGUAGAGGACUCAGUUUUACAGUAUGCAGCAUGGGGUGUGCAAGACCAGCAACUGAUUUAUAUUUUUGAAAAUAACAUCUAUUACCAGCCUGAUGUAAAGAGCAGCUCUUUGAGACUGACAUCUUCUGGGAAAGAAGGAAUUGUUUUUAAUGGAAUUGCAGACUGGUUAUAUGAAGAGGAGCUGCUUCAUUCACACAUUACUCACUGGUGGUCACCUGAUGGAGAGAGGCUGGCGUUCCUUAUGAUAAAUGACUCAUUAGUACCAAAUAUGCUUAUUCCUUGGUUUACUGGAUCUCUGUAUCCCAAAGGAAAACAAUACCCAUAUCCAAAGGCAGGUGAACUGAAUCCAGUAGUAAAGCUGUAUGUUGUCAAUCUAUAUGGCCCAACACAUACAUUGGAACUCAUGCCACCAGACAGUUUUAAAUCAAGAGAAUAUUAUAUAACGAUGGUCAAGUGGGUGAGCAACACUAAGACAGUGGUGAGGUGGCUAAACAGGCCUCAAAAUCUAUCCAUCCUUACAGUGUGUGAAACAACCACUGGUGCCUGUAGUAUGAAGUAUGAAUUUACAUCUGAAGUCUGGCUUGCUAAGCAGAAUGAGGAACCAGUUUUUUCUAAAGAUGGCAAUACAUUUUUUAUGACAGUUCCAGUUAAACAAGGUGGUCGUGGUGAAUUCCACCAUAUUGCUAUGUUUAAUGUUCAGAUCAAAAAUGAACAAUUUAGUAUACGACAUCUGACAUCAGGGAACUGGGAAGUUAUAAAAAUCUUGGCAUAUGACGAAAAUACCCAAAAGAUUUAUUUUUUAAGUACUGAAAAUUCACCAAGAGGAAGACAAUUACAUAGUGUGUCAACAACUGAAUUGCUGAAUCGUCAAUGUCUCUCAUGCAGUUUUAUGAAAGAUCGUUGUACAUAUUUUAAUGCAAAGUUUAGUCCUUCAAUCAAGUAUUUCAUUCUACAGUGUAAGGGUCCUGGUGUUCCGAUUGUCAGCCUGCACAGCACAAUUAAUCCUGAAAAGUUUUAUAUUUUAGAAAACAACUCUGUUUUAAAAGAAGCAGUUUCAAUGAGAAAAAAACUACGAACAGAAACUAGAAUGCUUCACAUUGAUGACUAUGAACUUCCUUUACAGUUAACAUUUCCAAAGGAUUUCUCAGAUCGAAAUAUGUAUCCACUUAUCUUAAUAGUUGAUGAAGCUCCAGGCAGUCAGUUGGUUACAGAUAAGUUUCACAUUGACUGGGAUUCUGUGCUUGUCAACUCUGAUAAUGUCAUCAUAGCUCAGUUUGACGGAAGAGGAAGUGGAUUUCAAGGACUCAAGAUUUUGCAAGAGGUUCACCGUUCACUAGGAUCAGUGGAAGUGAAGGAUCAGAUAGCAGCGGUAGAGUAC